CUUGUCCCGCAGUCUUCUUUCUCACUCUCAGUCACUUUUUCCACUUUUUCACAAAAAAACCCAUCCUACUUAUCAAAAACCCUCAAGUUCCUCUCAAGAUGGUCAAUACUCACGCUGCCCCCGGCCCCUCCUCAUCGUCAAGCUCUGCCCGUGGAAACCAGGAUGUCUUCCAAGUCACCCCAGGUCAACAAGUUCCAGGUCAGGCUAUGAUCGAUGCCGAUGCCGAGAUGGGAGGAGGGACUGCACCGGCAGACCUUCCCACCCUCGAGCAGCUCGUCGCUCGUCUCAAUAAUCAUAUUGGGAAUAGUGACACCUCUCUGAACCCUGGUUCCUAUCUUCCCUCUUUCAAAAAGGGAACGAUGACUGACAGGGUUGCCGCAGACAUCUUAAGCAAAUUUGUCAAUAAGGCGGCCAUUCUUUUGGAUAAAAUCCGAAUGGCUCAGAAGAUUCUGCGUGAAGUCAACGCUAAGACACAACUAGGCUAUUGGGGACAUCUUACUGUCAACAAUAACCGUGUUACCCUGUCAAAGGACGUCCUUGCUACACUUAGCACUUCGUUUGACAAUUUGUUAGUAUCGGCCAUUAAAGCUGACAAAGCAAAUAUCAUCCAACAAUGCCAAAGUGAACUCAAUGACACCCUCCCCAGACAGCUAGCGGACACCCUUUCAUCUGCCCUUGUGGCCGUUGAAAACAAUUCUCAUCUGAAUAAUCUGGGUAAAGACUUCACCUACAAGCUGAUUCGUGCCACUGCUAUUGAGUUUUCUGCUCAAGUGCAAGUAUUACGAGCCACUGCAGAAUUCCAGCAAUUAAAUCUUGGAUUAAAGAAUACCAAGAAGGACGCCUCGAAGAAGAAGCCAAGCAAACCCAAGCCAUCACGUCGACAGAACGACACCAACAAAUACAAAGGACCAAAAGGCCCAUCGAUGGCGAAGAAAGACAAGAAGAAAGGUGGUCCCCCAACGUCCUCCAAGAAAACCACCCAUGUAAAGAAAGGAAAAGGCCCCGUGAAAAAAGCCCCAUCCCCUCAGAAACAAAAAAAGUAGAUUUACAUGAUUUUGUCGGAGUCAACAAUAUGUCUUCCGUACAAUCCAUCCCCCAUGAUAUUCUUCAAGUCUUAAAUAAAGGAG